AUGGCGGAAUCAUGCAAAGCAUCGGACGGUAGCGAUAUGUGGACAUUUGGGCUGGAUACUAAAUGGACUAUUCUAUUAGCUUUUGUUCUUGGUGCGACGCCUUUGAUUGUUCUUUUGGGAGGGCCUAAGCUUAUAGGAUAUGUCGGACACACAGUUGGGUUUUAUUUGAGGCAAAAGACAGCUGGGAGGAAAGCUCAAGUAUUGGAAAGGGUAGAGAUUGAUGAGAAGAAUUAUAGGGAGAAUCAGGAAAAGAGUCGGGAUGGAGAUGAUUGGGAGAAUGUGGAAUCUUAUGCGGCCGGGACGGCCAAUAAUGGACAGAAGGCGGAUAAGGAAUGGGAUGGCAUUGUUGGAUUCUUCCACCCCUUUUGUAAUGCAGGAGGUGGUGGUGAACGUGUUCUAUGGGCUGCGAUUUUAGCAACUCAAAAUCGAUGGCCCAAUGCGAAAUGCAUUGUUUACACCGGAGAUCAUGAUGUAGAUAAGUCGCAGAUUAUUGCUAGAGUAAAGGAUCGUUUCAACAUCCAACUCCAUCCUCCAACGAUCACCUUCCUAUACCUAACAACUCGGCAUUGGGUUUUGGCUUCAACAUGGCCUCAUUUCACUCUUCUAGGUCAAUCAAUCGGAUCUCUGAUACUUGCAUGGGACGCAUUCUCUCUCGUUGUACCGGACGUAUUUGUGGAUACAAUGGGUUAUGCGUUCGCACUUGGAUUCUGCAAGAUUUUGUUUCCGGAAGUACCCACCGGAGCAUACGUACAUUAUCCCACCAUAUCGACGGAUAUGCUGGGUUCUCUUGACCCUACAUCCACCACGGGGAAACAAGGAGUAAAUGCCGGAAAGGGUGGAGGUUUGAGAGGCAAAGCUAAGAAGCUUUAUUGGAAUAUGUUUGCAAAAUUAUAUAUUUGGGUUGGGGCAUCAAUUGAUGUAGUCCUCACAAACUCCAAUUGGACACUCGAUCACAUUACAUCACUCUGGGGAGAAUGGCGACGGGACCUAAAGAAGUCCAUCGCAACAGCAGUCUUUCCUCCGGUAGCCGUCGAAGAACUCGAAGAGAAGAUUUCCGUAACCUCUGAAUCCGAAUCAAUACGCCAACCAGCCCUUCUUUACAUCGCACAAUUUCGUCCAGAAAAGAACCACCAACUUAUUCUCAACGCUUUUGCCGCCUUCAAAUCUACUAAAUCUCCCGCAACCAAAAACGCAAAGCUUAUUCUUAUUGGCAGUGUUCGCGAUGACUCUGAUUCAAAACGUGUAUAUAAAUUACGGUUAUUAGCAAAUGAACUACAAAUCAAGGAUGAUGUAGAAUUUAUCUUGGAUGCACCAUGGCCAAAAAUCUUGGAGUGGUUAGGCAAAGCUAGUGUUGGGGUUAACGGGAUGUGGAAUGAACAUUUUGGAAUUGGAGUCGUGGAGUACCAGGCGGCAGGAUUGAUCAGUGUUGUUCAUGAUAGUGGUGGACCAAAAAGGGAUAUUGUCACUGAAGUUGAUGGCUUACCUACUGGCUUCCACGCAUCAACAACAAAACAAUUCGCUCAAGGCUUCGAGAGCGCAUUGUCCCUUCCACGAAAUGAUAAGAUAGCAAUGAGACUAAGAGCGCGAAAGUCGGCACAGAGAUUUACAGAGGCGGAGUUUGCGAAGAAAUGGAUUGUGGGUAUGGAGGAGCUCGUAUUGCUAAGGAGGAAAUGGGAAGGAAUUAGAAGUAGCCAAUAA